ACGAAUCUUAAAUCUUCACUUCAUUUCUCCCACUGAUUCUUCAACCCUUCUUCGCUUACGUCAAAAAUGGAUGCUUCCAACGUUUUCAUUCUAGCUUUCCUCGUCGCACUGUCCUUCUCAAGCAUCGACGUUAGCCUAGCAGCUCGGCAUCUCCAGCAACUGCCGCCGAUGCCGACGCUACCACCAUUGCCUGCAAUCCUGAAUCUACCGCAGCCGACGCUUCCGAAUCUGCCGGGAACUCAACCAUCUUUGCCUAAUCCCGCAACUGUUCUUCCUCCGCUUCCGAGCUUGCCGAACUUUCUGCCUACUGCACCGAGGUUCAGUUUGCCGCCGAUGCCGAGCUUUCCUUCGGUUCCGUUCUUGUCUCCACCUCAGGCUCCUUGAGAACUUGGAGGUGUUUCAUAUAUGAUUGU